GGCACAAUUUCCUGGCUGAACACACCAGUCUAAUACUCAAAGAGAGCAACUCCUGACUCUCAUAGAGACCGCAUGGACCCACAGGGAUGACGGCACAAGGGGAUUGAGCCUUCUAUCCCACAUCCUCCCGGCACGAUGCAGAAAAGAGGCUGACAGGAAAGCCGGCCUUCUGCGGAAAUAUAUCUCCUUUGGCUGCCCGAGCUGAUCCCAAGUGCCAGGAAGAUGGAGCCACACUUGCUGGUGUGGGGAGUGAUCACAUUCAUCAUGGUACCUGGCAGCAAGGCAGAGCUCUGUGACGAUGACCCGCCAGAGAUCACACACGCCACCUUCAAAGCCUUGGCCUACAGGAGGGGAACCAUGUUAAACUGUGAAUGCAGGAGAGGUUACCGCAGGAUAAAAAACGGGUCACCCUACAUACUUUGCACAGGAAACUCCAGCCACUCUUCCUGGGACAACAAAUGCCAGUGCAUGAGCACUACCUCUAGGCACACAAGAGGAGUUACCCGUCAACCUGAAGUGCAGAAAGAAAGAAAAGUCACAGACAUGCAAAGUCAAGUGCAGCCUGUGGACCAAGUGAGCCUUCCAGGUCACUGCACGGAGCCUCCGCGGUGGGAACAUGAGGCUGCAAGGAGAAUGUACCUCUUCGUGGUGGGGCAGACGGUUCACUACCAGUGCGUCCAGGGGUACAGGGCUCUGCAGAGAGGCCCUGCCCGGAGCGUCUGUGAGAUGACAGGCGGGAAGACGAGGUGGACCCGGCCUGGGCUCACGUGCAUGGAUGAAACGGAGCCCAGUCCGCUUCCAGGUGAAGAGCCGUCUCAGGCAAGCCCCAGUGACCUUCCUAGGAGGGAGACAUCCUGUCCCUUCACAACGACAGAUUAUCAGGAGCGCACGGAAGCCGCCGCGACCACGGGGACAUUCACAUUUACGACACAGUACCAGGUGGCAGUGGCCGGCUGUGUCCUCCUGCUGUUCACCAUCCUCCUGCUGAGUGGGCUCACCUUGCAGCAGAGAUGGAGGAAGAGUAGAAGAACGAUCUAGAAAACCAAGAGAACAAGAACUUCCCGCUAAGAAGCCAAGAACAGCCAACCCACAGAAGUCACGAAGCACAAGCAAAAUCAAUGAAGUUCAACACUCGCCCGAGAGGCAUCUCUGUGACCUCGUGGGUUUUGGAAUGCUCUGAUGUGACAUCACAGGACGCCGGGCAACGGCAGCCCCAUCACUAAGCCACCUCUGCGCUAUCACAGAGUGAGCUCCACCAGCUUCUAAACGCAGUUCCAAGGUCUUUGAAGGAAAAGGGAGAAACAGUCAGGACUCUGCCUUAUUGUCAUGUAGAUGUGUGCAUGAAAGCUUGAAUGGCACGGAACUCUCCACACUUUAUGCAGUAUAAAGAAAGGUAGCUUUAUAUUAAUUUCAUCCCAACUUCCCCAUGUAGGAAUCCCAAGUGAAGCCCCAGCACUAAUGUAAACAGACGCCCGCGAGUGCACACUCACUCCCUACCUUACGGAACCGGCCUCGUCCAGGUGGAGCCUCUCCCAGCCCACGGCCGACAGCCCACUCUCCUGAUCACAUUGCUCAACGCACCUCCUGCGAGAACUCCGGGCUGGUAACUAGAUAUCUUUCCGUCUUUGGCUCAAUCCUCCAAGCCAGCCUUCUCUACUGAGCUUCCAGUUUUGAAUUUCCGAGGAGGAACAGAGGCCACGGCAGAAUGAGCUGUGGGUGACACCAAAACGGGACAGCCAAGCCCUUGAGUCGAUGUUGGGAACAGAAGGAUAAACUAGGUCCUGGGUGACGACUUUCACUUAAUCAGAAAGGUUUACCUGUACAUUACCGAUAGGCCUCUGUAAGAGUUCGUUUCUUGGAUUGCUGUAAAUGAUGCUCUCAAUUCGGCCUGCACUGAUUUGAUGUUUACAGGUAGACACACGAUGUGCAAAUGUGUGCAUGUCCCAGUUAAGUGCCUAAAAACACUGAAAACGAAUUCAUACAGUCAAUGUUUCUGGAAGAAAGGAAAGAAAGAAGACGGAAGUGAAGAGGGAGGCUGGAGGGAGGUCACACUGAUAGGAUGUCACCUUGGAAAGGGGCACAGACCAGUCGUGCUCCAGCCGUACCAAAGGCUCAGCAAGUCGGAAUCGCCCGGGAGCCUUGUUAAAUCCUGACUGCUGGGCCCGCCAGAGUCUGAGCGCGCAGGUGUGGGAAGGAGCCAGAGAACCCACAUUUCUAGCAAGUUCCCAGAUGAUGCUGAUGGUGCUGUCGCAAGCGUCCUACUUUGGGAACGGCUGUGUUGUGGCUCUGUGCACCCGCCCCCCCUCAGCUCCCGCUGAAAACUCAGCAUCACGAGCGGCGACUGAGGUGCACGUCCUUGUUCGACAUUCCGCGUAGGAGCUCCCCUCCCAAACCAGUUACCUCAGAUGUUCCAGUUUAACAACAUCACGUGCUGAAGGAGAUGGACACGCAGUUUAAACUAUCAGCCGGUGUUCAUUUCUGCAAGCGCAGGAAAGUGUUAGGAGAAAUCACGGGCAGUUUUUAGCAGGGUCAAGAUUCAGAGGAAAGAGCCACUUUCUGUCUUUUCUGUGGCCAAAUGAGUACAAACCAUACUUCCCCGACCCCCUCGAGCACAUGUUUUCUGAAUAAAGUUGAGAAGAAUCUCAGACCAGAAAAAAUAUAUAUUUUUAAUUCUUCCUUGAGUAACAUGGAAUUGAAUUAUCAUUACUCACUUUGGGUGGGUGGGGGGUUUAAGAGAUCACAUUUGUUUUUUCAUGAUAAUACUAAGAUAUUAUUUACCUUUUUCUCUCUCCUUCUCUCUCAAGUGUAUGGUGGAAUUUUCCAGAAGCUAUUUGAUACCUGAUAUCAUCACUCUGUGGUUAACAUAUAACGAAUUUAUGACGAUUGUUUAUAACAGGAUUAAUAAAUGAUAUUUUUUAAA